UCUUUCAAUACUGUAGUUGGGCCGUCCCGGAGAUGCAGCUGCUGCGUUGCUGCCACUGCCGCUAUUGCUGCUGCUGCUGCAUAAUGCAGUAAGCGGACCAAAGCCAUGGAGACGUGCUGCAAAGCCGUCGUGACCACCAACUAACCUACCAACCCCUCCUUUUGUCUAUCAGAGACAGGUUGGCCGAUGGAAUGGCGGUGCGACGCGGGGUCUCAACUUGGCUUGGCCGCUCGAUCGGCGGACCAAUGUGGUUCCGACCGAAUAACAGGUCGUCGAUCACUUCAAUGUGAACAAGUGUGGCUUAUUCCUUUGCUAGGCGAGGCUCAUUACUGUGGCAAAUGGUCUAGUAAAGCCUAUGAUUGCCCCGAUGCAGUGUCGACAUAAAAUGUGCCUCUGAAUUCAAAAUGGCGGCCUUAUUCACUUCAAUAGGCAUGAGCCAUAUUGUAUAUUUACAUUGCAGCGUGAUUCAAUUGAAGCAAUGACGUUCCGCUCGCUCGUCGCCACACAAUCAGAAGCUAGAUGCUUGGCUGGCGAUGAAUGAUACUUAUGAUUUUGUGCAGCAAUUCAUCGCACGUGGCGAUUCAACUCCAGGACAAUGCAAUUUCAUUCAGAAACAUUCGAAAAUGCAUGAAAAAUUACUUUUCUUUUUUCUCCCCUAUUAUUUUGGUAGUAAUAGCUGCAAAUAUGGUAGGGCUGUGGCACCCGGGGCGGCCGCGUCACCAGCAGCUUGCGGCUGACGACAAGCAACGACGUCAGCUGUGACGAAGCUGGACGUCUAUUUUCCUAUCACGAUCGUCUUAAAUCAACUAUACCGUCCAUUCCUUUACAGCAAUUAAAACAGCUUUGAAAAGCGUGGUAUUGCAUUUCGCCCACAAUCAUCGCUAGUUCAGUAUUUGAACGCCUGUGUCCCAUCAUGACGGCUCAAACUGUACCAGUACUCGCUUCAUCGCUUCGCAGCAAUGUCGCAUCAACAGUCAAUUCUCUGGAAAAUCUGAUGGCAUCACCGCAAUUCAACAAAGCGCAUACAAUCCAGAUUCAGUCAGUGAUACAGAGCCUGCAAAAAGUCUCAGCAUAUGUGGCCGACAUCCAAAUCCACCUGGCGGGUACGAAUGCAGUGUGCACGGCAGUACUUCAUACGCAGAUUUCUCAGUCAUUAUCAGAAUGCUCGCUAGCCCUGGGUCCAAUGCUGAAGCAAUUGCAAAGACUGGAUGGUACCAAUGUCGAUGACGCAUCUGGUGAAUUUUGGGUGCAUCUCGGCCGACUUACAGCAACACACUCGCGCUUGUUUGACUUUUACGGCGAACUUCUGCGCAAGGGAGAUGAAACGCUACAAAACGACGCUCUGCAAAGUUCAGUCGGCGACGAACGAAUCUCGCAAGCCACUGAUGCCAGUGACGAAGCAUCCGAAGCAGUAGAUAUCUUUGACAGAGAUGCUACUAUAUCUUUACCAAUCAGAGAAAAGAAUCCUCCGUCUGAGGCCGCACAUUCGCAGCAACCAGCCGAAGAUCACGAAAUUCCUCCCACUUAUGGUGCUCCACCACCUUACUCGCCCAGUCAGGAUAAUGCGGGAGAGGGUUCCAGCGCAGCAGGGGCAGCAGCUGACGAGACGCAGAGUGGCGGCUGGUUUAGCAUCGAUGGCAUCAAAAAGUCCAUGGCCGCAAUUGCAAGCGCCAUGAAAUCUAAACCAGACCCAUUCGUACCAGCACUCUGUGAAGCAAUUGCGCGCGGUGAUGUCGAACAAGCCAAGCUCUUCAUCUCACAAGGGGCCAAACUCAACGGAUACAACGAAAAUGGUGACCAGCCUCUCAAGGUAGCCGUAAUGUGUGGUAAUCCCGUCAUGGUGAAACUGCUGGUGGAUGCCGGCGCACCCAUGGUUAUUGAUAAACGACCAGCCGUGUUUGGGGCCGCCAAACUGGGCAAGAUCCAAAUGAUUCAGAUAUUCUUGGACUACGGAGCAAACCUACACGAGACGGAUAUUACGGGCAAGCCAUAUUUUGUCGAUGUCGUCCGAAAGGGCAACUACGCAGGUAUCAAGCACUUGCUAGAGCUGGGAGCUGAUGCUAAUGCUGAGGAUAUCACUGGGCAGCCCGUGAUUGUUCUUGCAGCUCAUGCCGACAAAUUGGAUGUUGUAUCAACACUUCUUGACCAUGGUGCUAACGCAAAUGCUACCGAUAUUACCGGUCAGCACAUGUUGGCGACCGCCAUCCUACGCAGUAACCACGCCAUGAUUGACUUGUUGUUGCAGCGUGGCGCAACCACAUCCGCCCGCGAUGUUGUAGGCAACGAAGCGCUGGCUAUUCUUGUUACGCGUAAUGAGGUCGACUUAGUUUUCAGAUUCCUUGAGCGCGGCGCAAAUCCAAAUGCUCAAGAUAUGCAUGGUGUCCCCUGCCUUGCUGUAGCAGUCGAAAAGGGCAACCUGGAUAUCGCACGAGCUCUCGUGAACCAUGGGGCUAAGACGAAAGUAAAGACCAUGGUCGGCCAGCCGGUUCUUAUAUGCGCAAUGACAAGCAAAAAGAUGGACCACGAUUCCAAGGUAGACUUGAUCGAAGUGCUCCUUUCAAACGGUGCUCCAACCAAGGUGAAAGACGCUUUUACGUCACGCACAGCGAUGCAGGUAGCACAGGACAUGGGUGAUGCCAGGAUAAUUGGUCUUUUGAAAAAGUAUGCAACUGCUUAAGGGAUUGGUUUGCUGUGAAAUUGCUUGAUGCUGAUGUCUAGUUGACUAAACCAAUCAUGUAAUAUUAACUUUGUAAAUGAUCAAAAAUAAAACACCCGAAUGAAUGUAUGCGCCUGCCGUCUUGUCUAACUUUUUUCUUCCCUCUAUAUCCUCGUCAUGCUGUUCAAAUGUUCCAAAUGUAUGUAUUUCGUAAAAGGAGAGUGCACAAUGUCAAUUGGCUUAUGCCGAUCUCGCGGCGAUGACCUCGCCCAGCCACCAAGCGUGGAUACGGGCAUCGGUUGUAAGUUCGGGGUGGAAGCUGGUGCCCAUGACAUUGCCUUGGCGAACAGCAAUAAUAUCUCCAGAGUUGUCCUUGACAGUAGCCUGAGAGACACCAGAUUGGGCCUUGUCGACACGACCAGGCAGCUUGGCGAGGACGGUGACGCCCUCAGUAGCGAGGACCUCUUCGACAACAGGGGCGCGGAUGAAGACACCGGGGAACUGCGCGUCGGGGCCGAGGAAGGGAAGGUCGAGGGGGACCUGGAAGCUUUCGAUUUGGCGGCCAAAGUGGUUUCGGUGGACGCGGACGCCGAGGCCGCCGAUGAGUUCCUGGCCGCCCUUCUUGGUGGCGUUUGCUUCGUUGGACAGCAGGAUGAGACCGGCGCAUGUACCCCAGACGGGCUUCUUUUGGACCCUAUAAGAAAGGAGUGUGUUAGAUUGGCGGUGCACUUUCUUGCGCGCAGGGUUCUGGAGAAGUAGAGCUUACUUGACAAAGUCGCGGAGGGGCUCAAGAAGGCCAGACUGCGCGGCGACAAAGGAAAUGGUUGUGCUCUCGCCGCCGGGGAUGAUGAGAGCGUCGCAGGAAUCAAGUUGUUCCACUGUUCGGACCUCGAUUGCCUUGAUCUCAACGGACUUGUUGGUAAGCGACUCGGCGGCCUUGCGGACGAGGUUGACGUGCUCGAUGAAGCCGCCUUGCAGGGCGAGGACGCCGAUGACGAAGACGUUGGUCUGCAUUGUUGGAAGCGGUGCUAUGUGGUGUUUUGAGACAAGUCGAAGUAUUAGCAGCAACAGAACAGACAAGUAACAACCAAAAACAGAGUGAAAGAGAGCAGAGUGAAAAGUAUCACGAGACUUGUGUUUAAAAUCGGCUUAAGGCGCAGAGGACAAAGAAAAAGCGGAAGGCGCGACGAC